ACUAGUGGAGUACUGCCGGUGGCUCUCUGCGCUCUUUGCCGGGGUUUCUUGCCACACAUUGGACCUGUUUGGACUGAAAGGACGGUCAUAAAAAAGAAGAAGAAGAACAGAGAGCUACCUGCUGAGACAGGAUCCAUGCAGGACUGGGCACAAUUGAGAUCACCUGCUGGAGGAGAUAUGGCGACACACACUUCAAAGACAAAAUAGAUCUAUGUGGAAUAAUGUGUAGCACCCACAGCUAGUGAAGAAACAGAAACUUCGUGUCAGAGAAAACUUUGUUUUGACAAAACGCAUCUGAUGUCUUUUAUUUUGGGAACUGAGUAACAUCUGCUUGGAUGAACGGGGUCUGCAGCUGAGCGAGAGAUAGACAGAGAAAGACAGAGAGAGAGAGAGAGAGAGAGAGAGAGAGAGAGAGAGAGAGAGAGAGAGAGAGAGAGAGAGAGAGAGAGAGACAGGGAGAUUCUUUUUUUAAAGUUUCACAAAAAACAGAAGAAUAAGAAACCCUAGGAGAGAGGUAUGGACGGUGUUGCGUCUGAAAUCCGUGAGUCGGACCCUGCAGCUGGGAUGCACUGCGCAUCUGAGCCGCGACGUUUCACACCAUGAUGCUGGAACAACACUGCACCUGACAACUAAUGUAACAUACCUGAAUCCACUCCAUACGGAUCAACUAUGUCCUCACUACUGACGAGGAAGCUGACUCUGUGCCAGGUCCUGACCUUUGUCCUGCUGCUGGUCGCUCCCGUCUGCUUGUCGUCCCCGCAGAGUUCCUGGGUUUCUGCGUGGCAUCCCUCUAGCGAGACCUCAUCAGGGCGUCCGACGCGUGCCCGGCGGCAGCUGCACUUCAGGAACGAGUGGGCGCCGUGGGGCGGCUGGUCUGUCUGCUCACGUAGCUGUGGGAGCGGAGCCUCAGUGAGGACACGCACUUGCAUCACCAGGAACCCAGUGGGUGGACCAUGUUCAGGAGAUCCCAGACAAUACAAGAUCUGCAACACUAAGGACUGUCCCCCCAGCUCUGAGGACUUCAGAGAGAUGCAGUGUGCUGCCUUUAAUGACAGACCGUUAGUGACUGGAAAUUCCUUCAGAUGGACCACCUUUCAUGGAGGCUCUAACCCCUGUGAACUGAGCUGCCUGGCCCUGGGUCACAACUUCUACUACAACUUUGGCCGUGUGCUCGAUGGCACAGCCUGUGCCAAGGAGCCUGGAGCGCUGUGUGUCAACGGGCACUGCCUGAAGCCCGGCUGUGACUCCAUCUUGGGCUCAAAGCAGCAGGAGGACGCCUGCAUGGUGUGUGGAGGACUAAACACCACCUGCCUGCACCACAAGAGCGUGUACCAGAGCAACGGUCUGGAGGCAGGCGGACCUUUUGGAUACAACGAAGUAACCAUGAUACCAGCUGGAGCCACUCACAUCCGAGUCACUGAUAACAGCAAAAAUUAUCUUGCCCUCCAAAACGGUCGCUCCCAGUUUGUGAUCAACGGUAACUGGAAGAUCAGCAUCCCAGGCGAGUACAAUGUAGCCGGGACGAAGCUGCUUUACCGGCGCUCUGCAGACACCUGGGAGAGCUUUGAGGUGCCAGGACCCACCCAUGAAGACCUCCAUCUAAUGGUGCUGGCGACAGACAGAAACCCGGGCAUCGAGUAUGAGUACUGGCUGCCACCAGGCCAAUUUGCCCUCCACCACGGGAGUAGGAGUCCACUGCGUCAAGCUCAUCACACUUCCAACUACCUCCCCUGGGAUCAACCCAUCACUACAACCACCACUACAACCACCACCACCCGGGCUCCCCCUGUCACCACCCAACCCCACUGGUUUUUAAGGCCUGUGAAGCCGCCCCGCCAAUCUCCCCACCACAACCGCCGCCAGCGCCCUCACCAGCCCGUCCUGCCUCGCCUGGAGCGGGAGGAGAACCACAGAAACCUCCUCCCUCAGCCUUCACCCGGAAGGCAUUGUGGGAAAUGUCACCGAGUUAAAGGUCGAAGGGAACGCCAGAGACAGUAUUGUCAGAAGGACUUUGUUUUUCGGGGCCGAGUCCUCGGGAAGCUUUACAGAGGCCAGGAGACGCGUUAUGACGUCCAGAUCAUCCACACCUACCGCAACGGUUUCCGCCUGGAACACCGGGAGUUCUUGUGGGUCCCUAACGUGUGUGACUGCCCCCACCUGGAGGAGGGGAAACAGUAUAUACUGAUGGUGCGUCGCCACAUUAACCACGAGCACACGCUGAACCGCAUCCUGGUGGAGGAGGAGAGCUACGUGGUGCCGUACAGACCCAGAGAGGACGAACUCCUGCGACCGCUUGAAAGACUGUGCAGCAACAGAGGAGCCAAACAGCCAGCAGAACUGACCGGAUGAGUGUAGAGACAAACUGUGUGUGAGAGUGUGUGUAUGUCAGAGAACAAAGCUCAUACUGCAGCUUUAUUCACGUCCAAUGUUUCAUUUCUGGACCUUCAAAACGCCAUCAGACUCCAUGUGAACCAUGUGAUGGUCGGAUGAAUUCCAUAGUGGCGUCACUGGAGAAAAAUGACAGCUGGAUAGUCAACAGACAUUUGAAGCUCGCCACAUUAAGAAACCAAAGACUCCACGUUUAUUUAAAAGCCUGACCAGCUGACUGUACCAUAUAGAGCACUUUAGGUGGAUGCUUGUGCCCACCUUUAAACACAUACCAAAGAGAAGAACAUUGACUGAAAUGGCCUUUUUGUGAUUGCUGGUUUUCCACAGCUAUCGUUUAAUUUUUUUGUAUUAUUGUAUUUUUGUGUGUGUAUAUAUUUUAAAGGAAAAAUCCACCUCAAAACACUUAAACUUAAAUCUUAUCCAACACCAUUUUGACUUUGUAUUAUGUUAAGCUCAGUAGAGUUGGUACAACAGCAAAUAUUUUCAGUAUGAAAUAUGAACAAUAAGUUGGUGUCGGUCCCUCAAGCCUCGAGUAUCAUUAAAUAUGCUUGUGUUUCUCUGUUGAGCAACAUUGAAACUUUGGGAAAUGGGAAUUUCAGCAAGAAAAGUGGACCAGAUUCUAACUUUAACAGUUUUGAAUAAGAAUCUAAAACGAUCGUUAUCUUUCAAACAGCACAUGUGACUGCAGCUGAAUGCAACACGCUCAUUGUGAAUGUUGCAGCAUACAAUCAGGAUUUCAAUCAGAGGUGGAUUUUUGCCUUCUCGAGAUAUAACAACAUAUUGCUUCACAAUAUAUUUAUAUAUAACUUGUGUGUCACUUGUUGUUUCAUAGUGUCUGUGUUGCUCCUUUUUGUGGUAUUAUUUUUUUAUAGCGUGUUAAAUCAGGUCUGCUUUGUGAUACUUUACGUGAAAGAGAUUAUGAAAUAUACAGUAUUUUAUUGCGUGGCACUGAUUAUUACUAAAGUAUAACUUGACUAUAAGUGUGUUGAGAAAACUUGCCGUCUGUUGAAUAGUCAGUUAACUUCUGUGCCUUGUGUUAUGCAUUUGAUUUAUAACUUUUUUUUUUUCUCAAACCUCAUCUACAUGUGCCAAAAAUAAUGGUUUUAUACAUUUUGUCCAUAGAGUGUAUCAAUGAUAAUGACCCACUCUUUGUAAAAUAAACUUAUUAUAGACUUAUUAUAGACGUCCAAAAAAACAA